UCAAAAGAUGAAUUAUUGUUGAAAGUUUUUUUAUAAGGAGUAAUUCGCAGAUUGAUUUAUAGAGCAGAUGAAGAAGUUUAGUGAAAGAGCCCACUGUUUCAGAUAUUGAACAAGGAAUCACUGAAAUUUCUGGGAUGUAUACGGGCAUUUCAUGGGGAAGAAACGGUCCGCCAUUGUUGCCACUCUCUUGAGCUUUCUUUCAAUUGUUAUCGGUGAAAAGGUAACCUUCUCCAAUCUUGCUUUAUCAUAUAACACCAGCUAAUUUCCUUCAAAAUGUGGAGAACUUUUGUAAAUUCAAUUGUUAAGCAGUGCAAGAAUUCAAUUGAUUUCCCUACCCUCCAAAACCCAAUAUUCUAUUCUGUUUCUAGUUCUUUAUUUCGUAAUGAUUCUUCGAUUAUCGGGUAUACAUUGAUUUCCAAGCCAUAUUCUUCAAAGGGUUACUCUAAAUUUGGGAACCCAUUGAGAAAAUUUUACUCCACUGGAGUGUCCAAUGACUUUGUGGGUGAAGAUGAAAAGAGUUUAGUCUAUAAUAGUGUUGAUGGGUUGCAUAAAAUUAUUAUGGAAAAUGUGGGUUGUGAUAAGAAUAUGGAGAAAGCUCUUGAACAAGCUGGGAUUUCCUUGACAACUGAGUUGGUUAUAGAAACCCUUAAUAGGUUUCGGUUCGAGGAGAAAACUGCUUUUAGGUUUUUCAUGUGGGCGGCUCGACAGGAGAAUUAUUACCAUGAAUACCAGGUUUACAAUGAAAUGAUUGAUAUAUUAUCUUCUACCAAGUUCAAGGUUAAACAAUUUAGGAUUGUUUGUGAUUUGUUGGAUUUCAUGAAAAGGAAUGAUAAAUCGUUGAUACCCAUUGAAGUUCUCUUGACUAUUUUGAAAAAAUAUACGGAAAAGCAUUUGAUGAAAGUCCUGACAUGUUCAAAGAAAAAGAGAGGAGUUAGGGUUAAAGUGCAGCUGGAGAUCAAGGCACUUAACUUGCUACUUGAUGCUCUUUGCAAGUGUUGUUUGGUUGAGGAUGCAGAGAUUCUGUUCAAGAAGGUGAAAAAUAAGGUUGCUCCAGAUGCCAAUACCUUCAAUAUAUUAUUUUUUGGGUGGUGUAGGGCUAGAAACCCUUCUAGAGGAAUGAAGAUUUUGGAGGAGAUGUGUAGCACGGGUUUUACACCUGAUAGUUUUACCUAUAAUGCUGCAAUUGAAACCUAUUGUAAAGCAGGAAUGAUGACUGAGGCUGUUGGUUUAUUUGAGUUGAUGAAAACAAAAACCUCUAUCUCAUCUCCUCCUACAGCAAAGACUUAUGCAAUAAUGAUUUUGGCGCUUGUUAAGGAUGAUCAAAUGGAGGAGUGUUUUAGAGUAGUUGGGGAUAUGAUACAAAGCGGUUGUCUUCCUGAUGUUUCCACUUACAAGGAGUUGAUUGAAGGAAUGUGCUUAGCUGGAAAGGUGAAGGAAACACACCAAUUUUUGGAAGAGAUGGAAAAGAAAGGGUAUCCAUCUGAUAUUGUCACAUAUAACUGCUUCCUCAAGGUUCUUUGUGAAAAUAGGAAGGCUGAUGAAGCAAUUCAGCUUUACCGGAGGAUGGUUGAUGUGGACUGUAUGCCUAGUGUUCACACUUUUAAUAUGCUGCUAGAGAUGUUCUUUGCAAUGGGUGAUCCUGAGGGAGCGCUUGAGGCUUGGGAUGAAAUGGGCAAGAAAAAAUGUGAUCGAGAUGUCAAUACUUACUGUGUAAUGAUUGAAGGACUUUUUGAUUGUGACCAAAUUGAAAAUGCAUGUUUGUUUUUGGAUGAUGUUGUAAAUCAGAGAAUUAAGAUACCUUAUCUGAAGUUUGAUAUAUUUUUGAGGCAUCUGUCAAGGAUUGACGAUCUUCGUAGAAUUCGUAAACUUUCAGAGCACAUGAAAAGGUUUUUCAAUCCUGCUAUGGCGAGACAUUUUGCACUAAGUCAAAAACGAAAGGCAUUGAGUUUUAGGAACAAAUGAACUUUUGAAAUUUAUUUGGAAUUCUAAAACCUCGUUAUGGCAUCAUGGUAUAGCCUAUAUCAAGAGCAAGCAAACAUGAAUAAUUGAUAAAGUAAAACACAUGCGACCGCAUGUGUUGUAACAAUGUUCCUAGGACCAGAGGAGAUUUAUCAAUCAAGUGCAUUAAAGUUAUGGUGCGUUAGCUUCUUGGUAUGAUUGUCUCCACUCUUGGAUGUAUUAGAUUAACAUUGUUAUAGUUUAUAUAAAUCUUACAUCCUUACUGGCUUGACUUCUGACUUGGUAUUACAUAAAAGAUUGUACCAAUAAGUUUACUAUUCAUUACAUUGGAGAAUUACGAAAUUGCCAUGGUACAAAAACCACCUGAGCAGCUCUCUAGAUGGGACUUCAUGAAUUACAAUUUUAUUGCUGCCCAGAAGGAAACAAUUUGGCUCCAAGGAUCUUCACUUGUUGAGAUUGAUCAUGAUGAGAGACCAGAAGAUGGAACUUUGGCACCAUCUUUGUCAGUAUGUAGAUCUAUAGCUCUGGAGAGUUGAGAAUCAAUAGAUUCCAAGGUUUGCAGAGGAUCUUAUGUAUUUAAAAGUGAAACAAGUCAUAAAGAGAGCACAACAAAACUUUUCAACUCAUAAGUUCUGGCUGAUGUGGAUAUGAGGAUUAUCUUGGCUGCAGUGCAGCUGAAGAUUGUCUAUUGUUCUUGGACGAGUUUUCCCUGAAUCCUCAUUGGGGAAGCUGACCUCCGUUAACACCCACUUCAGCAGAAAGCAGAGCUGUGCACCAACCAGAUUGAUGAACAAGUUAGCCAUGCAGUAGCCAAUUCUCUUGAAAGUGAUAAGGGAACGCAUAGUAGCUGCUCUUAAGCUAUGGAAUGAUCAGUUGUGGGCUGUGGCAUUGACUGAUCCUUGUUCGCGUGAUUUUACUUCCAAGUGGUAGAAAUGCAGUAUACAUUGCUGCAGUACUGGGUACAAAGAAUUUGCUGUUAU